AUGCGCACGCACACACCGUACGGCUUCAAACUGGCGCAUCGGUUGUCAAUGCUCCUGUCGAUGCGCGUAUUCAGAGGGUGUCGGCUGACAAUAGGCGGGACGGUUGCGCAGGCGAUGCCUGUCUUGCCCCCUUCUCCCCUCAAGCGUCUGCGAAUGGCUGCGCUGGCCCCCGUAGCCCCUUCUACCAUUGAUAUAGACUGCGACGCUUACCAGAUGGGUGUUGGAGACGAUGAUUGGGAGGAGGGUCAGGCUGCUUUUGGCGCUGACCAAACUCCUCGGGUUCUUCGACCAGCGGCUUGGAACGGCAGUUGUUUUGUGCGGCAUUCUUUGAAGGCGCUUGGCCUUCGGAUUCAACUUGGUCACCCUCCGCUUCAAUCAUGCGACAGACCUAUUGCAGGCCGGGACGACUUCGUGCUCCUUCACCAUGGGGGCGUUCUAAACGUCUCGGUGGAUUUCUGUGGAUGCCACCUCUCGGGCGACCCCUGCUACAUCCAACUCUUGCGGGCCGGUAUGUUCCCCGCUAGCACCGAUGUCCCGAGAACUUGCGCAACCUUUUCCUGCCUGGAUCGUUACCACUCCCUCACCCUUCAAGGAAAGAUCACUGGGUACGACUACUAUAAGUCGUUGGAAGCAUUGACCGAUGCGACUGGCCUCAAACCCCCAGACCGAUACCAGGUCUUUCUCCGAAUGGCACGACAAUAUCGGCAUUUAUUGUUGGUCAAAAGAGGCGGGCGUGGAUACGACCAACGCGGAGUUUUGGGGACGACGCCCGGCGAGCUAGCUGUUAUAUGCCCAGCAUGUCCUCGACCUGGGGUCAAUUUGCCCACCGAUUGGGCGAAGGCAUCUCCUGCCCAAGCGUAUGCGUCUUUUAUGCCGCAUUUCCUUGCUCAUGGUCGUUUUCAGUGGCCUCUAUGUUUUCUUUCUCGCCAUCGAACGUUGGCGGGAACCACGGGCUCUGAUGCUGAAAUGGAGGAGGCCCUUCGGAUAGAGUGGGCCAAAGCCUACGCUCGAGUUCGGAGAUGGGACGAAGAGGUCAACCUUUUGCAGGAGGAAUGGCGGCGCCUCCCGGAAUCCUUUGCUCACGAAGAGAACCUGUGGGCUCAAAGAGCGAUAUCGGUGCCUGUCGGACAGAUCCCUUCUGCAGACGCUGAGGGAAUGGUGGCGUACACCGGUCAAGCAUGUUGCUUUAUACCGAAGCCUAGCGAGGAGGGCAGAGAGGUUAUGAUGAGCUGGGGCAGCAUCACCGAGGAGACCGAAGAGGCCAGCAUUAACACUGAUGGGGACAUCGAAAAGGAUGAAGACGAUUUGGAGGACGGCAACGUCACCGACGAGGACCUGUUGUUGACAGGGGAGGUGGACGAUUGGUGA